AUGCAUGCUCGGUGGGUUUCUUAUAUCCAACGGUUCACUUUUUCUCUCAAGCAUAAGUCGGGCAAACUGAAUCGUGUAGCUGAUGCUUUGAGCCGUCGAGCUACCUUGCUGAUAACCAUGAAAGCUGAAGUGACUGGAUUCGAGUGCCUAAAGGAGUUAUAUGAGGAAGAUGAGGAUUUUGGUGAGACUUGGAAGCGUUGCAAGGCGGGGCAACCAGUUUCCGAGAUACACAUUCAGGAGGAGUAUUUAUUUUGUGGGAAUCGGCUAUGCAUUCCAAUGAGUUCCUUACGAGAACAAAUAAUCCGAGAAUUACAUGCUGGAGGCUUGGGUGGUCAUCUGGGAAGAGACAAGACUAUUGCUCUGGUCGAAGAGUAA